GUCGUAGAGCACUUCUUGUUCGUUCGGAGCAGCUGGCUGGUCACCGAGGCGGAACCAUGGGGAGUCCAAGUAGUUGCAGCGAUGCCGAUGGAUUGAUGCGAGUUGAAGGAUAUGUAGACUGGCUCCGAGGCAGUGGCUACACCUCCGGAGGUGGACGGGAGGAAGGUAGCGGCGGCUUUGCUGUAUUCGAUGGUCGGGACUGGGCUGAAGUUCCCGUUUCUACCCGGCUCGGCGUCUCUUGUCUGUUUGGCCAGCGGUCGUGGAGGUUGCUUUUAGCCCUGGUGAUGGUGGCGUUAUGCUGCAGGGUGGAGGAGAGACUGUGCGGUGGAAGCGGAGCAGGGUUCAUCACAGUUGCCGAAGGACGUCCUCUGGAAACGCUGUCGAACUCUGACGUCAAGCUGUCGAAGAAGAGGUUCUUGCAGACGGCGAUUGCACCUGCGUCCUCUUCGGCUGUGUCGCCCUCUCCUUGUGUCACGAUCCUGAACAGCUCAGUCAUAGCCGGUUGCACCAUUCUUGUCGUCCACCCAGGGUCUUCAGCCCUCCGUCGUAAGGCGCCAAAGGGAGCCGAGUGUCAGUCCAGCAUCCGUAACAUAGUGAUUCAGUCGGACCUGUCUGCUCUGUUUUACAUCGCCAGUGAAAACUGCGAGGCCGACUUCGAAGGUGUCAGCCAGGAGUCAAUCAUGAGGGUGAGCUUCGGAAGCAGCAUGGGCAGCCUCUCUCCUCCUUCUUCUCGCCCAGAGGACGUCCAAGUCAGUGUGCUCAGUUACCUCUGGGAUAUCUUCAAUUUGUCCGGGCCUCCUCCAUCCUUCGCACCCAUCGGGUCAGCAAAACCGAUGGUCAACGUGGUCACUGCAGCUCUAUCGGCUGACAAGAGGCAUCUGGUCGUAGGUGCCUACCCCCCUACGGCAACGGAGACGUCGUGGAUCGUUUCGUUGGAUGGGCAGACUGGCGUUCGGUCGUCCAUUCCCAUCAACGCGGCAAAGGUCUACGGGUUGGCCUUCAAUCCCAACCACACGGAGAUGUACAUAGCGGAUAAGCAAGAGCCGCCCCGCCUGCUGGUAGCACAAGUCGACGGUUUCGCUCCGCUCCCGCCUUAUUUGAACGCCAGCUCGUUUGUCACGUUGAACUCCGUAAACAUCACCAGCCCACUGUUUGGUCCGUACAGCUUGUCAGGGGAUGGGAGCUGCCUCUACUUCUUGGAUGAUAGUGUGGAAGGAGUAUGGGCACUUGACACUGCCUCUCGCAAGUUGAUGGCUCUUCUCGGAAAGGACGGUCCCAUCCGUCUUGAGUUCAGUUUCUUUGAGUCUUUGGGAGAGAUAGUUGUUACAUCCGACGGUCGUCAAGUCUUCUUCACAGACUUUAUGGGCAAACUGCACCGCAUCACUCUCGACACUGCAUGUGGCACUCCUCUGUCCUAUGAAGUCGUUGCUAGAAAGGUGGAUCAUGAGCUCUGGGGCUUGGCCAUCAGUCCGGAUGACAAAUACCUGUAUGUAGGAGUAGGGCCCGAUGGAGCCAUCCUUCAGCUCGCCUUAGGUCAGCUCUCGUAGAACCGCGUGCCUCGCCCGUCGUGCAUCUCCAACUGAUAGCAGUGAUAGGUUGAUACCUCAUGGCGGGUCCAAUCCAUUCAGUCUGUGCCGCCUGUCGCCCACAUUCACCUAAAAUGAAUAAAUUUUCUGUCUCUUGCGUAAUGGUUAACCGUGAUUCUCCUGUUAGUCCUCUCCUUUUCGGGGACUGGCAGUAGUUAUAGCGUUGCGUCUCGUCGUGCUUUAUUUUCCGCCUUCGGCUCUGAGUAAAUCGUCUUCCGCUGA